CUGAUCAGCCAGCGCACGCAUUGUUUCCUGUGCCCGGCUCUGCAGUGCUGGGGCCUCCUCAUUGCCCCAAACUACAGCACUGUCAUGGCGGCUGCCUCUACUUCUGUCCCUGUAAUUUCACAGCCCCAGUUCACAGCCAUGAACGAACCACAGUGCUUCUACAACGAGUCUAUUGCCUUCUUUUACAACCGGAGUGGGAAAUAUCUUGCUACAGAAUGGAACACAGUGAGCAAGCUGGUAAUGGGACUGGGGAUCACUGUCUGCGUGUUCAUCAUGCUGGCCAACCUACUGGUCAUGGUGGCAAUCUAUGUCAACCGUCGCUUCCAUUUCCCUAUUUAUUACUUGAUGGCCAACCUGGCUGCUGCAGACUUCUUUGCUGGAUUGGCCUACUUCUACCUGAUGUUCAACACGGGACCCAAUACGCGGAGACUGACUGUUAGCACCUGGCUUCUCCGGCAGGGCCUCAUCGACACCAGCCUGACGGCCUCUGUGGCCAACCUGCUGGCUAUUGCCAUCGAGAGGCACAUCACAGUUUUCCGCAUGCAGCUCCACACACGGAUGAGCAACAGGCGUGUGGUGGUGGUGAUUGUGGUCAUCUGGACGAUGGCCAUUGUGAUGGGUGCCAUACCCAGUGUGGGCUGGAACUGUAUCUGUGAUAUUGAUCAUUGUUCCAACAUGGCACCCCUCUACAGUGACUCCUACUUAGUCUUCUGGGCCAUUUUCAACCUGGUAACCUUCGUGGUCAUGGUGGUUCUCUAUGCACACAUCUUUGGCUAUGUUCGCCAGAGGACUAUGAGAAUGUCUCGACAUAGUUCUGGACCCAGGAGGAAUCGGGACACCAUGAUGAGCCUUCUGAAGACUGUGGUCAUUGUACUUGGUGCCUUUAUUGUCUGCUGGACUCCGGGACUGGUCUUGUUACUGCUGGACGUGUGUUGCCCACAGUGUGAUGUCCUGGCCUAUGAGAAGUUCUUCCUCCUCCUCGCUGAGUUCAACUCUGCCAUGAACCCCAUCAUCUACUCCUACCGUGACAAAGAGAUGAGCGCCACCUUCAGGCAGAUCCUGUGUUGCCAGCGCAACGAGAAUCCCAAUGGCCCCACAGAAGGCUCUGACCGCUCAGCCUCCUCCCUCAACCACACCAUUCUGGCUGGAGUUCACAGCAAUGACCACUCUGUGGUUUAGAAGGAAGCUAGCCAACCUCUGUGAAGCUGUGAACCCCCACCCCCGCCCCAUUGCCAAGGCAAGGUGGGG